CAGCUGCUUUAUAUAUAUAUUUUUUAAUUAAAUAAUUUUUUUUAAUGUGUUAUUGUCUUUUUCUUCAAUCUCCAACACUUUCCCAACACAUUUUCUUUCUGUCCAAACACCAAAACUCUUGUUCCUUUCUCUCUCUUUCUGUAGCUUUUGGAUUCUCCCAAUACACGUCUUUCCUGAAAUUUCAAAAUCCACUCCCUCAUUUUCCACUGAAUAAUUUUGUUUUUGGCCAUUCUCGAUUUUUCAAUUCCUCGAAUCUCUUUAACUCUGUUUUAAAAUUCGCCAGCUUUUGUUUUUCCUUCUUCUUCUUAGAUUGAUUUUGCUUUUGAGUAGUUAGCUUAAGAUUUUUUUGGCCAAUCCUAUUGUUUCGUUUUGGAUCUUUCUUUUUUCUACUAUGGUGGUGGUGGUUAUGAUUACUGCUCCAACUUAGAUGGUACGGUUUUCUGUGUACUGGUCGUUAUUAUUAGGUAUCGGAUUUAGCUAGGGUUUGUUUGGUUUUCAUUUCUAGGGUUUGUUUUGUUUGUUAAUCUGGUCUCAACAAGGAGAGAGAGAAUGCCACCUGAGGAAAUGGCAGUUUCCGGAAAUAGUGGAGAUGGGAUUCAGUACUCGUUCGCUGUCGAGUAUCACGGUCCUCCGGUGAACUAUGAUAUUCCUCGAGCCGUUCCUAUCAACGUUGAGCGGAUUCCUGUGGCGGCUGUGGUUUCGCAGGUACCUUUGUCUGAUACUUUAUCCUUGCCUGUGGUUCAACCGGUAUUGGCUCCGACUUCUUUGAGGAAGCCCUUUUCGAAAGAGCUUGAACAGUUAGGUUCUUCUAAAACUACGGUUUCUCCUACUUCUGUGAUCGCUUUCGAGCGUAGUGGAGGGGAAGAGGAUGCCGGCGAUUCGGCUUCGUCUAAAGAGUUGGAAUUGGGUUCUACAGUUUCUCCGAAUUCUGUUAAUGGAUUCGAGGAGAGAGCUACAGAGAAUCGUGAUGACGGUGGUUGCGUUAUGUCAGGUGAGUUGAGUAGUUCAGGUGCUUUGGAUUUUUCUAAUGGGCAUUUUGGGUCUGGGGAAUUGUCAGACGGGGCUAAUAGGUCGAUGGGAGUAAUUGGUUCCUCUUCCAUUAGUCAUGGCCACUCUCAGGAUUUGUUAGCUGGCGCUGGGAGCUCCAGCACCAUAGAUUUUUCGGAUAGUUUUGAUAAAUCGCGAGGUAGUUCUAGAGCUUUGAGGGCUUCCAUUGGUAGAGGGGAGAGUUUAGACAUGAAUGAUUUAAAUCAACCGGAUUGGGCCUCAUCUGAAUCAGUAUUGAGUUUGGAUUACCCGUCUUCUCGGGUUUCUUCCAUAAAGGCUGCGGAUUGUAAUAACGUUUCGAGUUCUGAUGGAAGACGGCCUCAAGUGGUGACAUUUCGCGAUAUUGAAUCUGAUGAUGAUGAUGCUGUUGAUGAAGAAUUUAGCAAGGAAGAACCUAAUGUUGUUCCAGCCAGGAGAGAACCUUUAACUAAGGGAAAGAAAGGGUCUUGUUAUAGAUGCUUCAAGGGAAAUCGAUUUACGGAAAAGGAGGUCUGCAUUGUUUGUGAUUCAAAGUAUUGUAGUAGCUGUGUACUUAGAGCUAUGGGAUCAAUGCCAGAGGGUCGGAAAUGUGUUACUUGUAUUGGGUAUUCCAUAGAAGAAUCAAAGAGAGGGAAUUUGGGAAAGUGCUCUCGGAUGCUUAAAAGACUUCUGAAUGAUUUGGAGGUUAGGCAGAUAAUGAAAGCUGAGAAGUUUUGUGAAGCAAAUCAGCUACCACCCGAGUAUGUUUGUGUGAAUGGUAAACCUCUUUGUCACGAGGAGCUGGUUUUACUGCAAACCUGUCAAAAUCCACCAAAGAAGUUGAAACCAGGAAACUAUUGGUAUGAUAAAGUUUCUGGUCUUUGGGGAAAGGAGGGACAGAAGCCUUCGAAAAUAAUUAGUCCACAUCUUAAUGUUGGAGGUCCAAUUCUACCAGAUGCAAGCAAUGGAAACACUCAAGUUUUCAUAAAUGGCCGGGAAAUUACAAAAGUAGAGCUUCGAAUGUUGCAGUUGGCAGGAGUGCAAUGUGCUGGUAAUCCACAUUUCUGGGUAAAUGAAGAUGGGUCAUACCAAGAAGAGGGACAGAAGAAUACAAAAGGAUAUAUAUGGGGCAAGGCUGGAACAAAGCUUGUCUGUGCUGUCUUGUCACUGCCAGUCCCUUCUAAAUCCUUUAAUUCUUCUGAAGAGCCGCUGACCAGUCUUUCUAGCAGACCUGUUCCUGACUACCUUGAGCAAAGGACACUUCAGAAGAUUCUUUUAGUUGGUUAUAAUGGAUCUGGGACGAGUACUAUAUUUAAGCAGGCCAAAAUUCUAUACAAAGAUAUUCCUUUUCCGGAUGAUGAGCGAGAGAAUAUCAAGCUAAGGAUCCAGAGCAAUGUUUAUGGCUAUCUUGGUGUACUUCUUGAGGGCCGUGAGCGUUUUGAAGAUGAAUGUUUGGCUGAGACAAGGAAGAAACGAUCUUCUCGUGGAACAGACU